AUGCCACUGUCUUCGGGGUUGGACCUAAUUUUCCAUGUCCUCUUACACUUGUUUGAGACUUUGAAGCUGCUUGGUGUCUCGCAACGAAUUAUUUUGAGCCCCCUUCUUCGAGCCUCAAAAUUUAAUCCAUACAAAGUUUUCAAGCGAAUAACUGCCUCUCGCGCGAUCUUCACGCCUUUUUGGACCGCAGUGAUACCAAUCAUGGAGUCACUCACUAUUGACAAGCUUGUCAUCGAUAAAGCCUGGAUAGAUACUUUCAAUGAUGGGCCCUACACUUCUUUGAUCAUGGUCAGUUAUCUUCUGGACAAGAUGGGGCUGACCCACGAAUAUUUGUUGGAAGAGCCAUUCACACUGAGCUUGAAGUCCGGUGACAACAAGAAGAAAAAGGAGUUACAGGCAGCUUUGGAAGCAAUAGAUGCAGAGGAGAUAACUCAGCCACCGCUCUCAAUCUGUUGGACUACUCCUGCUGGGCGCUGUACGUCAUUUGCAUUGCGUACCACUAAUGAUCUCACGGAAAAGGUUGUGAGCAAGGUCAACUUCUGGUCUUACGAUUUUGGUAGUCACAGAGUGGCUCGCUGUAAAAAUACAACUACUUUGAUGGAUUCGGCAUCCAAACGAGGCGCACUCUUCUUGCAACAAGGCAGUUGGGUGGGUUCAACAUUAGGGGAACAAGAAUGGUCUUGGUGUCCUAAAGACCCGAGUAACCCUGAUUCAAAAGAUGGAUUUUUGGACAUCAGAUCCAAAAAAAAAGGCAAAUACGCCCCAGAAAUCCGACGUCGCGCUGCCAUGAAAGCCUGUCUGGUACAGAUGGUGAGCGACAAAAAGGGAGCACAAGCACCCGCUCUUACCUUAUUUCGAUAUUUCAAGGACACAGAGUCUGAGUUCCGGGGCUUGAUGUCUUGGAAGCUCAGUGGCAAAGAUAAGAAAGAGCCAGAGUUCACAGACACAGGGGAGCCAUUCGACGACGAUCAGAGAGACGACGAUGUCGCGAGAGAAUUGAAAGGCCUCCACUUGACAUGGACUUAUGAAGCACCUGAAGGCCGCAAAGUCAAAAGGGAUCCCACGAAGAGAUUUGUUAUCCAAUGGGGGGAUCCUCGGGCUUCGGAGGAGACAGAAAAAGAAUGCUUUGAAACGCUGAAGAUUUACUUUGACAACUGCUGCAUUGCCUCCGGACCCCGGGAGGUGCAAUGGAACAAUAUUAAAGAGGAGCAUGACAAGUUUUGGAAUGCCGCGUGCAAAGUAUGGAAGGGUCAUCCCAUGGUCACUCACAAACCACAUGAUCGAUCAAAUAAUUAG